AUGCAGCAGCCUUUACCAGCAUUACAAGACAAUAGAAGCAUAUCGACUGAAACUGAUAUCAAUUCUCAUCUUGUAGCCGAGACACUAGCAAGUAGCAACGAAAACCCUGCAGAAAUGAUCUCGUUGUCACCUUCGAAAGCUGCGCACGAGCUGGUACGGAAGGCUAUGUUAGCGUGCUUUAUGGACUGUUCUUCCAGUGAAAGAAGUCAACUUUUACAAGAUGUGCAGACACUCUCACGACAGUUUGCCAAGCAUUUAUUCCUUCCUACUAAUGAAAGCAGCAGAGAAGAAGAUGAGAAUCAAUCGCAAUAUGUUUUACCUCGCGAACAGGUCGCACCUCCAUCUGCAUUUUAUUGCUUCCAUCACAACAGCCGCAUGUAUCUUCCGAUCAUUGAUUGGAGUGCUUUUCGCGGAUUUUCCGUUGCAAUGUGGAUUAAUGUCGACUUUUAUAGACCAAGAACGAAGAAAGACGAGGACCUAUGCGCCAAAUUUUACCUCUUUCGGUUCACUAAUGGAUCAAAUACUCUUGGUAUCGAAGCAUCUGUGGAGUUUACAGAUAAUUCAAGUGAUAACAUGCUGCUUAACUUUAGUUGUGGUGCGGCAGGAACAGGAAUAGAGUCGAAAAAGUCGGCAUCGAUUGCAACAAGUAGCUUGAAGACGCUGGAAUGGCGGCGCAUUCAGCAUAAAGUUAAGCUUAGACGCAAUCGAUGGCAUCUACUUGUUCUUUCGCAUUCUUUGCAUUAUGUCAAAAAGAGUAAAGUGACGUGCUACGUAGAUAAGAAGCUGCAGUUUACAGACGAAUUGGUGUACCCAUCUGGUCUUGUAACCGCAUCUAAGUGCACGAUUGGAGGUGGUAGAAAUGCUUCAGCUAAAGUGGCCAGUGUUACCAUGUACCAGGAAGAAAUGCCACGAGAUACAAUUGAGUUAAUUUACGGUCUAGGACCGUCUGUGUCAUCCUUCAAUCGCUGGACUGCAGUGCCUGCACCGUCGAAUCGAACAGUGGCUAGUACUGUACUAGGUCAAUCAUCUCUGAGAAUUCCCGAGAAUGAAGCGUUCACAGCGUUUUGGAAAUUACAAGUCGUAUUUGCUUUUAAUGCACAGAACGUAGUGAACGAAGACUAUGCGGAUCUAGGAGUUGAGUGGCUUUGUGAAGGAACAAGUCCUAAACAAAGUGGAAAGUGGCUUACGCUCGAGACAACACUAGGUAUAUCCUCUGAGAUCCAACAACGAACUGCACGUUUAGGGAAGAAUACACAGAAGAAGAUUUUUGCUGACUUUUCUGCGGCCUGGUAUCGAUGCGCUGGCAUCUCGUCAUUGCCUGUGCUGUUGGACUAUGUUUGCACUGCGUAUGAGAAGACAAUUCGAGCGUCAAAUAGUUCCGAAAUGACGACUACACGUCCGCUUUCUUUAGUUUUAGAGAGUCUGGUCGUCGACUUUUUGUGGAUCUGCAAGGGUAUCUUGCUAAGUAGUGUGAAUAACCAACAGGAAGUUGUGCGGAAUUAUGUAUUCCACUUAUUUUCGCACGUGCUGGUGAAACACAGUAGAUGUUUGUCCGUCAUCUGGACGCCCGGAAGUUUGGUCGUGUGCGUUGAAAUGGUGAAAAGUCUGGCUCAACUUAUGCCUAUGUCGAAAAGGAGCAGCAAUGUGGGUGAGAAUCAUCCAAUUCAUCCGUCUAUUUGGGCUACAAAUCCUUUGUUUUCUGCUGGCGUGCGUGCGCUUCUCCUCGAUUACCGAUUGUGGAGUCACGCAGAUUACAAAACGCAAUCAAUUUAUAAUCAUCAGUUAUACGGACUUGCGUGUGAAUAUCCGCGAGCAUUUAACAAUUUGCGAGCUGUAACUAAAGUGCUUGAGAUUCUAAAUGUAUUCUAUUCUACAUCGUCGUCGUCGCAUAGCUCAAAUGAUACGAAAUUGAGCCAGAAUUCACAUCAACUUACAGCGUUGAAUGAUACGAACCACCACUGGAAACAGCAAUGCAUACAAACUUUAGUCGAAGUUAUUGAAGUGUGUCUGACAAACCAGAGUACGCACGUUCAUGAAGUCUUAGAACAAGAAUUGAUGGAGACGACGUUCGCUCGAGCAAGCAGUUCCGCGGGAAAUGGUACUACGGGAGGUGUCUUUAGCAUCAAUCUUGAGUGUAUAACUUGGAGCGACCAGGCUGGAAAUUCAGUUGAUACGGAGGAGAAAGGAUCAAAAAUGAGUGUCCUGCACUCCAUACAAGUUCGCUUUUCACUUGUUCGUGACAUUCGAGCUGUGAUCCGAUUCUUACUGACAAGCAAAGACGCGGCCGUGUGUACGUCGUUGUUGCUGCUGCUUCGACGACUUGCCGUGUCAUUUCGUGAUAUGCGCUUUGCUUUAAUAAGCUCAUGUGUCAUGGAUUGCCUGCUCUAUCUCAUGCAAGAUCGUCGCACUGAUGCUGACAGGACCACUCAUAGUCAUUUGUCGAUUCAUGUGCGUAUGGCGUGCGUACCGUUAUUUAUUUACCUUCUUGAUUGGCUUGAGUCGAUUGAAGGGAGGACUGUUUGGUGUGGAUUGGAAGAACAUUUGCGACUGGUGUUAAACGCACAUAGCAAUUUUUCUGUUGGGUUUGUGGAACUCAUGGUGGAGUUUUACUUUGAUCCAGCGUGGCUCUUAGGUGUGCAGCACAGUAUUAUUAUGAACGAUCCGUCUAAAAAGGACUCUUUGCUGUUCCCGAUCGCAUCAUCUGCCAGUACGAAGGUGCUCGUAUCGAAGGAAAAGGGCAGGCAUGACGGAAUUGCUGUAGAAAUGAGUCCGGAUACAGGUGAGCCCAAUUCAGGAAUUGGUGGACUUAUGGAGUGGAUAAAACUUACAGCACCAUUCACUGGGAAACGCCUUCAAUUAACGUGGGAAAAGCGUGCGUCGGUCAUCCGACUUAUGGCGUUAAGAAAUUUAUCGAAUGUAGGCGAGCAGAGCCCGGCAAUUAUUGCGGAAUCAUUUGACGAAGGCGUUAGUGGUAUCUUGAGUCUACCAUUGACAGGAAUUUUACCAUUCUUACCGAUUUUACUUGGUAAUGGCACACCACAUUUUCGUGAAAAAGUUUUAAUGGACAUCAAUGUGAAGCUCAAGACGGACGAAGAUGUCCAGCAACUCGUUCUAUCGAUGAACAAAAGAUGGGCAGAGGCACUAUUGGAGCUAUCGCUGACGUGUUCGAUUGGUGUUGAGACUGUUCGAGAUUGUAGUCAGGAAGAGCUAGAUGGCUGUGGUCGAGCGUACAGCAUCGAUGCGAGUAAAACGGGCGAAGAUCUCGUGCUCGACACAAUCGUUUCGCUGCUCUGCAUGGCGAUGGAAAAUUCGCGUGGGUGGUCUUCGUUUACGCACUUGCUCGUGGCUUUAAGAAAUAUUCAAUUGAAAUACGAAUCAGAGUUUAGCGCCUCGACGUUGUCGUCGUUACCACCGCUGACUCAAGUAUCUUCAUUUGUGCAUAAGUCGGAAAUUUUUUGUCAGCCUUUCAACUGGCUGUGUCGUGUGGUUGGUAUCGUGCUUCAACGGAUGGCUCGCAGCCGAACAAUAUUAUCACGGACACUGGCAGAGAAUAUCCAGCGCGUGCUCUUUCUAGUGCACGAGACGCUAUUGACACUGCCAGUCGUAGGAAGUGACAAAUACGCGUGGUCUGACGCCCAGCUUUUUUUGUUAAAUUCUGUUCUUGAGGUCUGUACUCGUCUGGUUCAAAGUACACAUAAACUGCACCGCGUGGGUUUAUGUCCUGGGCUAGAGAUUCUACAGUGUGCACUACCCUAUGUUACCGCAAAGACGAUGAUGGAGCGUGUAGUAAAUCUUCUAGUUCAGAUUUUUCAGCAAGAGCUAACGGUAGGUGCAGCGCUACGUGUAUACGAGAGCAUGCCGACACGUGACGUGUUUCUCCAUGCUUUGGUGGACCUACGGCGUGCAUUGGUAAUUCACAAGAAGGAAGAGUUGCUGAGCUUGUUGCGGGGCUUGACAUUGCGAAUAUGUACGUCCGGAUCAUUUGAUGGCGAAUUGGAUGGUGCAGGUUUGUCAUCGUACGAAUUGAGCGCACUCACUGAGCAAAAGGCGGUUGAAGUUGUGCUUGAUACGCUAGCACUCGCUAUCAAUGAUAAGGAGUCGCAUGAGCGAGAAGAUGAGGGUGAUCGAGUGCCUUACUUUCCAGUGGCUAGAGAAUUACGGACUUUGCAACCGGAUACUCGAUAUCAAAGUCAUAAGUGCUCGAGUGCCGAGUCUAAGGACGAAAGUGAGAGGGUUUUGUGGGCCGCCCUGGAAGUGGAAGAAAACAGGAUGCUGGCAACAUUACGCGAUGUCACGAGUCGAGAAAUGCAGCGUGUGCUGACAACAACAUCUGUGCAGCGCGAUCAGAAGUUUAAAUGGACGCAAGAGUUGUGGAUGAAGCACGAAUUUAUUUUCCGAUCUCAACAUGAAUAUGAUGCGUUCAAACAUAAAGCACCCGCGACACUUGAGAUUUUACAAAAAACUCAUGUGUGGCGGCUUGGAGCGUACGAAUCGCCCUUUCCAUCUCGAGUGCGGCGUACCUUGGACGUUGAUUUAUAUUUAAGUGCUGAAAAAAUGCUGACAAUGCAAAGUUCGGGAAGAGAUGAUGUAGAAGAAGUAGAGCCAGCAGUAUUGAAACCUCGACAGCCUUCAGGCUCCGUGGUUUCGCUGGAGAAAAUGUCUUAUUGCUUGGAGAUGGGAGAUAAUGUAGACGAUGCGUGUAUUUCGAAUGAAGUAAUUGGAGGGAGCCUACUCGAACGCGUUGGUCGAGUUGUGGCGCAACAGCGUGGAGGGGAGAUUCAAGAUAUUACGACAGAUGAUGCACAAUUUGUAGACACGUACGUGCCUAUCACAGACGCUGAGGAUAAAGAGACUGAAGCGCAGAACGAACCGCUUGACGAUUUACUGGACGAGUACAAACUGGACACGAUUCCUACUGUUAAUAUGGAAACGAACGGAGCGAAUAUGUCGACGAAUGCUUCUGCUGGUUCUUCUAUCAAAGGAAUGGCUUUUUCAGGUCAAGAGGAUGAGGGACUUGACCCUGGUGCUGGUAUUGCCGUCGCGCCAGGCGAUCGAGUAUACGCGAGCAUCACGUGUCGCCGUGUCGUACCAGAAGGAAUUGUUCAAGGCCGGUUGUCCCUUUGCACCAGACAUAUAGUAUUUGAGCCUCAGCCAGAUCGAUCCGAGCAGACCGUGCCAAGGGACAGUAUCACCAACUUUGACGACACAACGCUUUCUGCAUGGUCAAAUAGUAGCGUGGAUGAAGUUGCACCAGGUCUUCACCGCUGUUGGCGAUGGAAAUACCGCCAUCUCGUUGGCGUAUAUCUUCGGCGUUACCGCUUGCGAGAUUCAGCAAUCGAGUUGUUCCUACGCAGUGGAAUUUCACACUUUCUUGACUUUCCUCGAACGACAAAGCACCGACGCAAUGAAUUCGUGCGCGUUUUAUAUUCAUUCCUGCCUCGCAGUACGCCCAAGCAGUGGCCUGGACAGGUAAUUCCACACUUGGCCGCCACCACUAAAGCAUGGCAAAACGGACAGAUCAGCAACUUUGAUUAUCUCAUGGCGCUUAACACAUACGCCGGACGAAGCUUUAACGAUCUGACGCAGUAUCCCGUUUUUCCCUGGGUACUUUCAAACUACCACGAUGCGACAUUGGACCUGAGCGAUUCACAAAAUUUUCGCGAUUUGUCAAAACCAGUUGGGGCUUUGAAUGCGAGCCGACUUGACGAAUAUUGGGAGCGCUAUCAUUCGUUUGAUGAUCCAGUGAUACCAAAAUUUCUCUACGGAUCUCACUACUCGACUUGUGCAGGUGUCGUGCUCUUUUUCCUCUUUCGUGUCGAACCAUUUGCAACGUUACAUCAAAAGAUGCAAGGGGGGACUUUUGACUUACCGGAUCGCCUAUUCUUUUGUAUGGAAGAAACGUGGCGAAUGUGUAACUCGCACAUGUCGGAAGUAAAAGAGUUGACGCCAGAAUUUUACGCGAGUGACGGCACGUUUUUGCGUAAUGGCAAUAGAUACGCAUUGGGAAAACGCCAUGAUGACAAAGCUGUGGAUGAUGUGCAAUUGCCACCUUGGGCAGCAACACCUGAAGACUUUAUUCGCAUUCAUCGUGCAGCACUGGAGAGUGAGUAUGUCUCGAGUCACUUGCAUUUGUGGAUUGAUUUGAUCUUUGGCAACAAACAACGUGGACGUGCGUCAUUGGAAGCGAAUAAUGUUUUUUAUUAUUUAACGUACUAUGGAGUUGUCGACCUUGACAAGGUGGAUGACCCGUUUUUACGAGAAUCCAUGGAGCUGCAGAUUGCUCAUUUUGGUCAGUGUCCCAUGCAGCUUUUCGCCACGCCACAUCCCAAACGUCUCACUUCAAUUCGACGGAGUGCUGGCGCGCCAGCAGCUCCUGUGUCUGAGCGACAAAGCCCUACAGCGAGCGAUGGCAACUUAAGUGGACUUUCGAGCUCUGUUCCUCGACCGCUUUCCGUUGCUUUUCAAGAUUUUUCUCUUAUUGCACAGGAAAGGCGUCGACACUGGAGUCCUUUGGCGAGUGUCAAGCCAAUUGCACAGAGUGGCAUUCGAUUGCUAAAAAUUUUGCCCGAUCGCGUCGUUAGUAUUAAUGAACUUGGUGUUGUUGAAGUGUACUACUGGAAACUCUUGUCCAAGCCUGUGUCGCCUUCGUCAUCGAUUGUCGGGUCCUUGUCGCCACAUGUCAAAACAAUUGCGAGCGACUUCAGUGAUUCCACCGACGUCAGUCGAAACAGCUUUUCAUCCGUCACAAGCUUGCCACGGGAAAGUGAAGAAGAGACGCUACUCUCCGACUUGGCUGUUUGCGAGGACAACGGAGAGAAAUUUUUAACCGAAUGUCCGUGGCUUUUAGAAAUUGUGCGCGAUGAUUCGCCAUUCGAUUACGUCCCGCGGAUACCUGUCUUUGACCUGGUCGCGUCGGACAGGCAUAACCAUCUAAACCAGCGGUCGUGUGGCUUUCCUGUCGUAAUGACUGGCAAUGGACGCGUCGUUGUCUCUGGCGGAGCUCGCAAUGGUGCACUGCAUUUUCGUUUGCUGGAUCUAGACAAUGGUCACGUGAUUGGAAAAGCAAGUGUAGUGGGACACAGCGCAGCCGUCACGUGUCUGAGUCGUGAUCGUGCCAAUUCUCAUGGUCCUCACUACAUUGGCGUCUCGUCGGUACAUGAAGACGACGAAGUUGUUGUGUCAGGGUCACAAGAUGGAACACUUGCGCUUUGGCGUCUGUCACGAUUAAAACCUGAUUUGCUCUUCCGCUUGCCACGUGUGUCGCCAUGUCCAAUUCAGCUCUUCCGUGGCCACGCGACACGUUUGGUCGACUGUUGUGUAAGUACGUAUUUAAAUCUGAUUGUAUCAUGCACACAAGAUGUUGGAAUGGUGCAUUAUAUUCACGAAGAAGGACAAGUGGCGUUCGUUUUUAGACCGGCAGAAUCAAAUGGUGAAUUUGUUCGGGUUUGUCUGUCUAUCAAAGGGUACAUUCUUGCAAUUACGAGUGUAAAACAGUCACAGAAUGAGGAAAGACCCCUCGUUUCGAGUAUCUAUCAGCUAUUCAGUAUGUCAGGAGUCUUAAUUCAAACGCAUUGUCUCUCGGGUGAAGAGAUUGUAGACAUUCAAGUCGCAGCAGAAGGUGAUUUAGUCUUUCUGACACUCGUUUCAGGAAUCAUCCGAAUCUGUCGAAUCGAAGACUUUGUGACGGUGCAAGAGUAUAUCUCACCGACAUCGAAUGGUUCGAUGAUCUCUGCGACGUGCUUUGGACCGAAAGAGGCCGUGAUUUUACUUGCAUCAGGUCACAAAGACGGCACAUUGUCGCUUCAGUUACUUCCCGAUGCUAGUGGAUCAGUGUCGUUUUUGACAAACGUUCGACGAUUAUUUGGUGUCUCGUCGAAACUCAAGCGUGUUAAAGGUACAGUUCAACAUGCUCAGACGCUAGCAAUGUCGACAUUAGACAAUGCUAAGGCUGUCACUAAUACAGCACGAGAUAUUGCUGGUGAAGCGAUUGGAGAAGCAAAAGUUAUGAUGCGAGGAUUAAUUUCGUAUCUUCAAAAAGGAUAA